GAUUUUUAGAGGAAGAGUCCUUACUGUCUGAAAAAUGAAGAACCUAAUUGUAUUAUUCGUUGUAUUCCUACUGGGAGUUGCAUUUACCAGUCCUGUUGAAAAAUUAAACGAAAAAGUCAGCAUUAUUGAGCAGCAGACAUUAACACCGUCAAAUGAUCGCAAUAAAUACGAAGAAGAAUUAUUAAAUAAGCUGAAUGUCAAGUGUUCGCAAAAUGAUUUAUGCAGCUGCAUCACAUUCAAACUUGUUACUUAUAUGAACAAACUUCUGAAAAAGACUUCGAUCGAGUUGACAGAUGACAUUGAAAUUCGUAAAACCAGUCAGGUGACGGAGGAAGUUCCAAACUACCAGUCAGCUGGACGUAGUAGUCAAGACGAUGAAACGGAGGUUUUAGAUUUAAUUGCUGGCAAGGUAUUUGCUUUCAUUAAAUCGCGCAGCAUCAAGUGGAGGUUCUUACCUGAAGAUGAUGUCGUUGUUUCGGCUAAAGAGGAUGCUAGCGGAUCUCUCAACCUUGGAUUGUCAAUCGAGCGAUCUGAAAAUGCCGUUCAAGAUGGUCGCGGCAAGAAGAAUAACAUGGGUCCACUUUUGGCUGCAGCCGUUUUGAAAAUUGGUUUAAUUGGAGGAUUAGCAUUCAAAGGAUUAGCUCUUCUAGUUGGAAAAGCUCUGCUCCUUUCAAAGAUCGCUCUUCUUCUUGCCGGUAUAAUUGGUUUGAAGAAAUUAUUUUCUCAACAGAAGCACGUGACGUAUGAAGUAGUCGCUCAUCCACAUCACGCUGCUAGUCACACCAUUGAAAGUCAUGGUCACGGUGACUAUUCGGGUGGUUGGGCAAGGAAUUUCCAGAAACACCAAUCCGAAGCUGCUCAACAAAUGGCGUACUCAUCACAUGUACCCCAGUGAGAUGCUUAAAUAUAUUAUAGUACUAGAUUAAGAGAGAGAG